AUGCCUGGCCGAAGGGAAGGCCCAGGGACUGGUGCUUCCAUGGCCUACCAGCUGGAUAUAAUAACAGAUCUCAGGGCACUGGAUCCCAGUCGAAUUGCACAAGAGAAAGAGAAAGAGAGGCGGAAGGAUGUGGAGGAGAAGGGGAAAAGGAGCCGGGAAAGAGGAGUGCCCCAUUCUGCCAAGCCAUCAGUACACUCACAGCCCAAAAGAGAUCCAAAGGCGAAACCUAAGGCCAGAGAGGCAAAAGAGUCAGCUCAGGAUCGCCUGAAGCGCAUCAUGGCAGCCCAGCUGAACAAGCAGGUGCAGAAGGACAACUUGGUGACAACGCAGAAGAAAAUUCAGGCUGAACGCGAUCGACAGGCCCGUCUGCAGAUAGAGCGCGUUGCCUUUGCACAAGGACAGCACGAAUCUCCAAGGAGUGGGUCUCCUUCACCAUCGCCUGUCCCACACCGCCGGUAUCGAAGUCCCUCUCCACUGCCAAGGUCAAGGGGCAGGUCAAGGACAUGGUCCAGGUCAAGAUCUUGGAGCAGGAGCAGCAAAAGCCGAAGUCCAGCCAGAAAUCGAACCCGUAUGCGCAGUGUCAGCAGGAGCCGGAGCCGAAGUUGGGAACGAUACAGACGCCACUGA